AUGAUGAGCCACCGUGCCCUCCUUUUUCUGCUACUUCUGGUCAGCUAUGUGUUGUACUUAGUUAUUGGAGCUUUCAUCUUUUCUACCCUGGAGCAGCCAUAUGAGAACCAGUUGAGGGAGAAGGUGGAGAGCCUAUGGGAUGAUUUCCUGCAAAACCACCCAUGUUUGUCUGAGGAGAAACUGGAGGAUUUUCUGAGGAAAGCUCUGCUUGUAAAAAGCUUUGGAGUGUCAGUCCUGCGAAAUAUAUCUGGCUUUGAGGUCAGAUGGGACUUUGUAUCCUCUCUAUUCUUUGCUGGGACCACCCUAACCACUAUUGGUUAUGGGCAUCCCUUUCCUAUCUCACUGAGUGGAAAGUUGUUUUGUUUAUUCUACUCCAUCAUUGGAAUCCCACUCACCUUAUCUUUACUCUCUAUUGCUGCUCGGAAUCUGCUAAUUUUGCUGCGAGACAAGCCACUCCAAAUCAUUCACCUCCACUGGAGCAUCUCUCAGAACAAGCUAGAGUGGAUCCAUGCCAUAGUCUUAAUCUCCCUCUUGUCUCUCCUUUUCUUCUUCAUUCCUGCAGUGGUCUUUAAUAAUUUAGAAGUGGAUUGGGGUUAUGUGGAUGCCCUGUACUUCUGCUUUAUCUCCCUGAGUACAGUUGGUCUUGGAGAUUAUGUACCCGGUGAACAGAGUAGUCAACGCAUGCCAGCACUCUACAAGAUCAUGGUUAUCUGUUAUUUAAUAACUGGCUUGGUCGCUGUGUUUCUUGUGGUUGAGAUGUUAAAGAACCUUAUUAAGCACAACCAGAUCCUCAGUCUGUUCUUAUUGGGGUGUGAAGAUGGCAGGCGAGCCGAGGAAAUAGACCACGUUCUACCAUAUGACUCUGAGAUUCCUUUUGUUCCAAAACAUGAUGAAACCACAAGGAGGAGGGUUCCGCAUUCAGUCUCUCCCACUGAGAAGUCGUAUGGCUCCAUAAACCCAACUUUUACCUGA